GCUGGAGUCCUUCAUGGAAGAAGGGGGCGGGGUAUCAGGGGAUAGAUACAUCCUCCCAGAGCAGCAUGUUUCCCCACCAAAGCCUUGAGAGGCAGAAGAACCAGUGCUCAGCAUCUGGCUGAUGUUCAAGCGCUCACAGAGCAGGCUUCAGGCAGCUUUGGGUCAUUUCGAGCCCAUUUUUGCCUAGAAUUGACUGCAGGGGCAAGCUAGGGUCACCACUUGCGGGCUGGGGGCGGGGCAGGCCACACACGCUGAGGAACGUGGAGGCAGGGUGAAUUAGAAAAAUGUGACCCCGAGACCCCGAACGCCGCCAAGCUCCCUCUCCUGCGCUCCACCUGCUCUUCAGCGCCCAGUUUCCAGCCAGCCAUGGCCAGCCCUGCGCCCUUAGUGGCUUCCAUCAGCCACCAAAUGGUGGCUCUUCAGACCCUGCAGCUGCUACAGCGAGAGUGGGGCUGGGGCGAAGGUCCUAGCGACCCCGGAAGCCCGCGUGGCCCAGACCACGUGCCCGCCGCCCAGGUUCGUCGCUCAAGCCAGAUGCGGACCCGGCGGGGGCUGGGACGCGGGGUCGCGGGAGUGCGGAGCUCCCCCGAGGCAGGCGGGCUGCGGGGCGCAGAGGGGGGCGCCGAGCUGCUGCCCUUCCCCCGGGACCGCAGACCCUGCACCCUGGCGCGGAUGGCGAUGCGCAGCGCGCUGGCCCGCGUGGUGGACUCGACCUCGGAGCUGGUCAGCGUAGAGCAGACUCUGCUUGGACCUCUCCAGCAAGAGCGACCCUUCCCCAUCCACCUGAAGGACAGUGUUGAGUUUAGAAACAUCUGCAGUCACCUGGCUCUGCAAAUUGAAGGACAACAGUUCGACAGAGAUCUGAAUGCUGCGCACCAGUGUCUGAAGACGAUAGUGAAGAAGUUGAUCCAGUCACUUGCUAAUCUCCCUUCGGAUGCCCAUAUGGUUGCCUGCGCUUCCUUGAGACAGAUCUUACAGAAUCUCCCAGAUGUAUGAGCAUGAGAGAUAGGUAGACUACAGCCA